UUUCUUAUUUAGAUCGCCAAUUCUUUCUGAUAAAUGUUCCUUUCUCAUCUCUGUCCAGAAAUUCUCUUAGGAUCCACUAAUGGGUGUCCAGGAAGAAAAUCGUGAUGUCCCCAAAGAGAACCCUCAAGUCUCCAGCGAUAUAGCUGCAAGGCAGAAGGCAAUAGAUGAUUGGCUUCCUAUCACUUCUUCAAGGAAUGCAAAAUGGUGGUACGCAGCUUUCCACAAUGUUACUGCCAUGGUUGGAGCUGGUGUCCUCAGCCUUCCAUAUGCAAUGUCAAAUCUUGGAUGGGGUCCUGGUACAGUAAUCCUGAUCCUAUCAUGGACCAUCACUUUAUACACUCUAUGGCAAAUGGUUGAGAUGCAUGAGAUGGUUCCUGGGAAACGUUUCGAUCGAUAUCAUGAGCUUGGUCAGCAUGCCUUUGGAGAAAAACUUGGUCUUUAUAUAGUAGUGCCUCAACAAUUAAUUUGUGAAGUGGGUGUAGACAUAGUCUACAUGGUUACUGGAGGGAAAUCUCUACAGAAGGUCCAUGAUAUAGUUUGCAAACACUGCAAACCGAUAAAAACAACCUAUUUUAUAAUGAUUUUCGCCUCUGUUCAUUUCGUACUUGCUCAUCUCCCCAAUUUCAACUCCAUCUCUGGGGUAUCUUUGGCUGCAGCAGUCAUGUCUCUGAGUUACUCUACCAUUGCUUGGGCAGCUUCCGUCCACAAGGGUCGUCAGCCAGAUGUGCAAUAUGGCUACAAAGCCUCAACCACUUCAGGAACAGUAUUCGACUUCUUUACUGCAUUAGGUGAUGUAGCUUUCGCCUAUGCUGGGCAUAAUGUAGUUUUGGAGAUUCAAGCAACAAUUCCUUCUACCACAGAGAAGCCAUCCAAAGGUCCAAUGUGGAGAGGAGUGGUCAUUGCCUAUAUAGUUGUGGCUUUGUGCUACUUCCCAGUUGCUCUGAUAGGAUAUUACAUGUUUGGUAACAACGUUGAAGACAAUAUCCUCAUCUCAUUAGAGAAACCGACCUGGCUCAUAGUCGCUGCUAAUAUGUUUGUUGUUGUCCAUGUUAUUGGAAGUUAUCAGUUAUAUGCAAUGCCCGUUUUUGACAUGUUAGAAACAUUGCUAGUAAAGCAGCUGCAUUUCAAGCCUAGUACAACUCUUCGAUUCAUCACGCGCAAUUUAUAUGUUGCAUUCACAAUGUUUAUUGCCAUAUGCUUUCCUUUCUUCGGUGGCCUUUUGGGAUUUUUUGGAGGAUUUGCUUUUGCCCCAACAACUUACUUCCUCCCCUGCAUCAUGUGGCUUGCAAUAUACAAACCGAAGAGGUUCAGUCUCUCAUGGUUAACCAACUGGAUCUGCAUCAUACUUGGCAUCUUCUUGAUGAUUUUAUCUCCUAUUGGAGGGUUGAGGAGUAUCAUACUUAAAGCCAAGGACUACAAGUUUUUCUCUUGAACAAUUACUGCAAAUCAAGACAAAGUUAUAUCUAUGCAAUGGACGUCUUGUAUCUACAAAAACAACAACAAUAAUAAUAAUGGAUUGAUGAUGAUUUCAAUGAUUGAAAAGACUAGGCCUGGCGUAGAAAUCAUGAUCAGAUCAUAGGUUUGUGUCCAAAACAAUCUUGGAUUAUUAUUUGUUUUCAGCACUCAGCUACACUGCAGUUUCAUAUGUUGUAUUCUUAAUUUGUGUAAUCUGGCAAGUAUGUUUGGCUAUUCACCCACUUAAAAUCUAUGAAUUUUAAUUAGUCUUCAUAGUGGGGCGUAAUCCAGAGCAACGAAGUCAUUUUCCAGUUAUUCUGAAGGUAUAACGUCUUGCUUUGAAAAUUGGAGCCCAUGGCUGAAGGUUUCUGCCCAUAGGGUGCACCCUCCAGCAAUGAGGAUCACAAAGAAAGAAACCUGCUCUCAUGAGAUUGUUAUUUUGCAGUUUAGCAGUUUAUUUACGCUAUAUCAUGCAUGGCAACAUAAUACGUACAGGUUAUUAUGCUUGCCUGCUUCUUCAAUACUAUUAGCUACAUGGCAGUGACAAGUUAGAGAAAUUUCUGAAAUAGUGAAUCUCGAUGGAAACAUACAAAGAUCCAGAAAGUGACCAAAAACCAGCAACUACAUUAACUAAGGAACUUCAAGUUUUCAGGAAAUUGAUACAUCCAGUUUGUGUAGUUUGCAUGUUUUUUUAACUUCCUCGGAACUUAAGAAGCUACUUCCUUGAAAUGAAGGUAAGUAACUUACCUAUAAGUACACAUUACUUUCUGGAAAGUUACUUACCAAAAAAUAAAGGAUUUGAACCAAACAAGUCCUAAGAUAUUUCUCCUUAAAAGACUACCUCUCCAUCUUUUCUUUCACAUUAAGUAGCCUAUGUGGAAGUUUUGGACAGAACAGAGACAGCACCUUGAGAUGCGACUUCUAAAACUAGCACAAAUUCAUCAAACUAGCGAGUGUAAUGCAAAGAAAACUAGUUAAUGAAAUUAAUUUCUGAACUCCUAUCAACCGUACUACCACAAAUGCUAAUUUUGAUAUUAACAACACACUUUGAUUCUGCACAAGGACGGUGCAGCUGCCACACCCAAACUGGCAGGUACAGAGGGAAGGGCAUAUUCAAUUAGACAACUUAAAUGCUAGACCAGUUAUUACAUGUUCUUCAAAUUACACCUUUCUGGUAGGCUACUUCCAACCAACCUU